AUCCCCGGGUUCACGGCUGGAAUUGCCCAUUGCGAUUUGUCCCGGGGAGCAGCCAAGUGAAGUCGGCGUCGUGCGGGUGUUUUCUGCCUUCAGCUUAAAACGCGGAACAAAGCGAUGUUAGAGCAGAAAUCAAGCGAAUACUGACUGAGGGGGGAUCUCGCACCAAACUGGCUUACCAGAGAAGAUCAAGAUGAGUCUACGGAAGCAAACCCCCAGUGACUUCCUAAAACAAAUCAUUGGAAGGCCAGUUGUUGUAAAAUUAAAUUCUGGAGUUGAUUAUCGAGGUGUCCUGGCUUGCCUGGAUGGAUAUAUGAACAUAGCUCUGGAGCAGACUGAGGAAUAUGUAAAUGGACAGUUAAAGAACAAGUAUGGGGAUGCAUUUAUCCGAGGAAAUAAUGUGUUGUACAUAAGCACCCAGAAGAGGAGGAUGUGAAGAUGCCAGAAGGAGGCUGGAUUUUUUUGUAUUUGUGAACCUCUUUGAAGCCCUAUUUGAUUUGUAGCUCAAAAUCCACAGGUGAAAUACACAAGUGUUUAAGUAUUUUUUUAAAAUAAAUGUAAAUGUGAGUGUAAACUGCCUGAAUGCUUUUGUUUCAAAGCAUUGCUUUGUUCCAUUGUACAGGAAAAAAAUAAAAGAGAAGCAUGUAAUAGUGCUGCAAGACUAA